CGACAAUAACACUCUGUUGAGUGCACUAUGAUCUUGGAUAACCACAAGGCUGCUCUCCGGUUGAAGGGAAGAAACAUCCACUAUGAAUCCCAUAUAUAAAGAUUCAAGACCUACGUCGAUUUCCGCAACUUCCCGCUCGAAAUUGAAUGCCUUCCGAUACAAUAACAAAGAUGGAUGUGCUCCGGACAUGCCGCCCUCGAAGGCUUCCCCCCAGAAAACCCAGGAGGGUCAUGCGAACAAGGAAAAUCAAAAUUCAUGGUUAAAUGGUGUGAUGGAACAAAUCCAGACAAGUCCAAAUAAAGCGCAGCCCGCUCUCGAGUCGGCAGAGACAACGGCUGUCAAAGAGUGUCCACAGACACCAGGAAACAGAAUUCCGCUGGCAGACCUUAUUGGUAAUGCAGAGGACGCUUUCAGCCGAGCUCCUGUAGGACAGGAGUUUACUCCGGAGGACUAUGUGAUUUGGCAACAUGCUCCCGCGAGUUCAAACCCGGAUACUAUGUCGCAAACACGUGCAACGCAGAGCAAGAAGCGUCGCCAUAGCUCAUCCCCAAGUAGCUCGCCUUUGGCCGGGAAUUCCAAAGGAGCGCAGAAGGGCUCCUUUGACUUGCAAGCCUUUCAAACAUUGCUUAAGACCCCGCAGAGUGAUCUUGCGACCGACCUAUGGAAUAAUUAUGUGGCUAAGACAAGUACGAAUGGUGUUUCAGGCCUUCAGCAGCCACAUUUUGCAAAUCUCCUAGCAUCUUCACCACAUACCCCCGGAUCGGCCCGGAUUGGCUCUGAUUCAGCUGGGUUGAGACGUUCGAAUAGCUGCAAUGCCGAAUGGCCCAGCUCUAAAGCUAAAAGAAGGAGAAUUGAUGGAGAAAGCGUUGGCAUUGGUCGUACCAUAUUUUCACGGUCACGCAGUAAUAUAAUGGUCCCAAAGGAUUUCAAGGCAUCCAAUUUCAGCUCGCUUGUGAAAGAGAUGGAAAGGAGCCUCCAAAAUGCCCCUAAUCGACAAUCAGAGACCUCCAAGAUGCCGCCUGAGCCAGCCCGCGAUAAGGUACGGCGAGGUCGCUCAGCAUCUCCACCGGAUUUUGGAGCUUCUCAUCGUGCCGAGGGAAAAUCGACGCACCAAAAGGGAACACCGUGUGGCAUCCGCCGGGUUUCAAAAGACAAGGUAGCAUUACAAGAAUCUUCAUCUGAUUUUGGCGACGAUGACUUGGAUCAAGAUUUCCUUGAUCUCGCGGAAGCCUCUCUGGACCCGUUUGUUGAGAACAAAAAGAAUGUUUAUACCAUGGUCGAGAACACCCAGCGGCAGUUUAAUUUACCUUCGAAUAAAGCAGACGAUGACUCCUUUAGCGAGGCAAAUCGCAAAGCGCUUCUAAAGGCGAAAGGGAAGUCCCCAAAUACGGCCAACUACACCCUUGAUGUUGAUGAGUUUGAUGACGAGUUUGAUGGACUUUCAGAUAACAUAGAUGAGAUACUCGCGGGAUGUGAUGAAACGCCUAGCAGCAAGUUCUCCCGAGCCAUCCAACAAAGGCCACCACCAGCUUACUCUCCUCUGCGCGCAAGCGCAACGACAACUGAAAUUCGCCAAGAAGCGAAUCACUAUAUAUCCUCUGGUGAUGAGUUCGAUGACUUGGACUUGGACUUGGACUGCUUGCUACAACCAGGUGAAGAUAACACAAAAGAUGUUCGCGGCUCUUAGUGGAUGUGUCUAUAGAUAUUCGCUAAGUAAAUAUAAAUAGAAAAAUAGCAGCCGUCAAGCUAUCAAACGUUAUUUGAUCGUGGAUACAGCUGAAUCUACAUAUGUUACCCCAAAGGGGCGCACACAGGCAGAAAAGGUUCGCUAUUGCAGAGUC